AUGGAAACUCGGCAUGGCAGUGUCAUCAAAGUUGAGAAUAACCUUCGGGUUCUCCGCCGUCUCCGAGAGUUUUUCGUGGAAAAUGUGGCCGGGCAUCUCGACCCUCUCAGAGAUUCCCACGCCAAUGAGAUCCUGACGCACAUCAAAGGCUUUGCGGAGAAGUUGACAUUGGUAAUGGCAGAGAUCGAGGACUUGUUGGACAGGGCAUCAGCACUGGAUAAACUUGCGAGGAACAGAGAAGAAUACAUUCAACGGUUGCAAGCGCAUCACUCGACUCAGCAAAUGAAGACAAUCGCGGUGCUGACGGCGGAUGACUCGUCCGCGAUGAAGCAAUUGUCUUUCAUCGCCCUGAUAUUGUUACCAGUCACGGUCGUAUCGACGGUUCUCAGUACGGACAUUGUCAAGUUUCAGGACCUUUCGAACGAAAACGAGAAUGCCACCCGAGGCAAGUCCGAAGGCCCCAUUCCGAUGUACAGUUUUUCGGUGGCGGCCUUUGGCACAUGGGCGGUCGCCAGCGUACUCAUGACUAUCGCGACUUUGGUCAUUGUCAAGCCGGUAGGGAACGGUAGGAGGCAAGGCGGCGGCAGUGUAGACUGUGGGACGCACGAACCUCCCAUGGAGAAAACAAGGAGAUGUCGACUGAUAACACGAUUGUCUCAUGCGUGGAACAUUCGAGACAGGUUCGACUCAGCCGUAGACUCUUCGUCCAGCAAUGCCAGGCCCAGGCCACCGAGCCCGGCGACUUCGGCACUCGCGACUUCGAUCCACACGGCUCCGACAGUUUUCAAGACGGCAUCAAAGUCGCGAGGGGCUCCGAUGGUGGAUAUGGACACUCCCGUGCGUGCCGAGUCCUCUCAAACUUGGACGUCGAUGGGGUACUGGCUGGGGGGUGCUUGGAACACAAUGUGGCGGUCUGCAAAGGAUAAGCUGAACUUGACGGAGACGGCGACGACACCUCUACCACGAUGGGAUAGUCGAAGAGACGAGGGGCGAGAAGAUGAGCAGAAAUCGCGGGGAGAGGGUUCGUGAGUGCAUGGUGUCUUAGCAUGUUGGUUUAAGGCACAAGGUUAUCCGAAAGGUAAUGUAAGGUAGGGUCGCAUCGUCUAAGUGCUGGUUUCGGAGAAAUAGGAUCGGGCACGGCAGAUUGACACAUGCCAGAUCCCCUC